AUGCCUCAACAGGGUGAGAAAUUAAACGGCUCCUCAACCGCCGAAAUGUUGAGACGACAAAGGCACAGUUUACAACCGAAAAUCAGCGAAAUACCCGCCAACAGCUUCAGGCAUACGCAGUCACAUAGGUACGAUUCGGAGGGUCAUAAUAAGCGAACGAAAAGGGCCGUGGUGCUGCCUCCAAGGCAAUCGGCGAUAAACGAGACGUCGGAAAUCGAAGAAGAAGAGGACAAGAAGGCGGAGAAGAAGGGCGAGAACGUGGAGAAGCGAACCGAGUCGCAUGUGUUUACGAUCGAAAGCGAAAAGCGCUCCAGCAAGUCGUCGAAGAAGAGCGACAAAUCCAGUUACGCCUACGAUAACGCCGCGUACGAUUCCAAUUUGGAUAAAAGGAGCAUCUCCAGCCGGGCUGGAUCCUCCAGGCAGCCCAGCGUGCAAAGUUUAGAGGUUGUUCGCGAGCAAUAUUGCUGUUGCGCCAAAAGGACUAAAUGUGAAAAGAAACUUCUACUAACAGUGACAGUGCUUAGUAUGGUAGUAGUAGUUUUAAUAAUAGUAUUGGCUAUUGUGGCGUCGAAUAGGAAUAUUAAAGACGAUUUAACAACGUUUGCCGGUCAAUUUUAG